UGGUCCCGUAACCGUACCGGUCCCGCCAUACCCGGACUCGGUCUUGUCCGACCCGUAACUGGUCUCCUUUCGGUCGUAACCGGUCUCUACCUCGGCGUUCUGAUGGUCGAAACCGUACUUGUCGCGGCCCACGGCUCCGUAGCCAGAUCCGGUCUGGUUCAGGUCAGAUCCGUAAUCGGACUUCUCCUGGCCGUAAGUACCGGUCCGUUCGUCGGACCCGUACUCGUCACCUCGGCCGCCUCCGUAUCCACUCUCGGUCCCGGUCUGGUCGGACCCGUAGCCGGUUUUCUUGUGACCGUAACUGCCGGUCUCUUCAGCGGUCCGGUCGUCCCCGUAGCCGGUUUCGGUCUU